AUGGAGUGGUUCCGACUGUCCUGCCGGCGUUUGUUCGCCACUUCUUACGCCAAAAGUUCUUAUCAUGAAGGAAGCAUCAAUCCUUUUGCAGAUGUGCAAUGGAUUGCGAGGCCUUUUAUGAAGCGAAAUAUGCCUAGAGAUCAUGUGCUUGCAAAGCCACACCGAAGUUUAAAAGCCGUAACGAUGUUAGAUGAGGAAACCCGUAACCACUGGCACAUUAUUGACGCCAAAGGGAAGAGCGUCGGCGGCUUGGCAGCGCAGAUCUGUCGGCUGCUACAGGGGAAGCACCGCGUGGACUAUUCGCCUUUGAAAGUUUCAGGCGACUCUGUGGUGGUUGUGAACGCAAUUCACGUGAAGUUUUCAGGCCACACAUGGGACACGAAGGUUUACAAAUUUCCGCGGAAGACCCAUCCUGGCGGCCCCAAGGUGUUGACGGCGAAGACAAUAAUGGCGCGCAACCCUUCUAUGAUUCUUAACCUAGCAGUAAAGCGGAUGUUACCAAACAACCGUCUGCGGCAGCUAUUCUACAGGAAGCUGUUUGUCUACCCAGGGGCCAUCCAUCCCCACUGGCAGCUGCCCCAGGUGGUGGUGCCUGCCGUGCCGCCUCCUGAGGCCCCCAACUGUCCCUUCUCCGUAAAGCUAGCUUCUCCAGAAGAAGCGGCCCGAAGAAUUAAAGCACUCAGUGACCUGCAAGCCUCCGUUGUGGCGGAGGUGCACAGCUAG